AUGGGCAAAACAAGACUUGCCAAGUUUUAUGUUCCAUACGACGACGCCGAACGGGAGCGGAUGAAGCGGGAUGUGCAUGCCCUCAUCAAUAGCCGCGAUGCCCGCUUGUCUAAUUUUGCCUCCUACGGCUCGCUGCAACUUGUCUAUCGUCGUUAUGCCGGACUUUUUUUCUGUUUCGGCAUUGAGAAGGACGACAAUGACCUGCUUUACUUGGAGUUUAUCCACUUGAUGGUAGAGGUGCUGGAUAUGUUUUUCAAAAACGUGUGUGAGCUGGAUCUUGUGUUUAACUUUCACAAGGUCUUUCUCAUCAUAGACGAGAUGAUUCUGGCGGGGGAGGUUGAGGAGGUUUCGCGCGCCGUCAUCAUGGAUCGUCUCAAGAAGCUGGAUAUCACGAACACGUGA